AUGCAUCAAUCGACCAAGGACAUAACCAUCCCCGCCGGCUCCUGGGUGCUCAUUACCGGCGCUACAGGCUUUAUCGCCUGCCAUGUAGCCCGUCAACUCUUGAAGCGCAAUUACAAAGUCCGCGGUUCGGUUCGGAACCUAGUCCAGGCAUCGUGGCUUAUUGAUCAGCUCUUCAAGUCACAUGUUGAUCGAGGCGAAUUUGAACUCGUUGAAGUCCCUGACUUAGGCGCGGAAGGUGCUUUCGACGAAGCUGUGAAAGGAGUUUCUGGAAUCAUUCACCUGGCAACUAUUACCAGUCUCGACCCCGACCCGAGGAAGGUCAUUCCUGGAACUGUUGAUGGAGCAUUAUCGGUGCUGAAGGCAGCCGCCGAAGAGCCAUCCGUCAAGGAGGUUGUGUAUACCAGCUCUUUUGUGGCCCUCAUUUUGCCGCGGGCUGGGGAUACGACGCAUGUUACACAACAUACCUGGAACGAAGCCGCCGUCGAAGCUGCGUGGGCGCCACCUCCCUACGAGGCUUCUCGCAGCAUGACCACAUACGCGGCAAGCAAGGUCACUGCUGAGAAAGCUGUCUGGAAUUUUGUCAGCGAAAAACAGCCUCAUUACAACGUCAACUCGAUCAAUCCGUCUGGUGUGUUAGGGGAGCCUUUGCACAGAAAGCAUGCUGAGGCAAAGUCCAACUGGCUCAACCACAUUUGGAACAAUAAAAGGAGCCUCCUGGAUCCCUACCCCGCCGCCUAUUAUGUAGAUGUCAAGGACGUUGCAUUGCUCCACGUGGCAGCCAUGCUUGACCCGGCUGUUCAGAAAGCCCGUGUGCAGGCUUGGGGCAACAGCGCUCAUUGGAACGAGUUUUUGGCUAUUUUAAGAGAGACGCGGCCAGACCACGCCUUCAUAGAAGACUAUCCAGAGACUUUCCAUCUUGCUGUGUCGAUUGACCAGAGUGAAGGCCUUAGCUUGUUAAAGAAAUGGGCAGGUCAGGAGGGAUGGAGGACUCUGCGGGAUGGAAUCGUUGAUAGUGUAAGCAAUGUCUACUUCUAA